CGCCCUGCCUGUCUGCCUGAAAUCUCCAUGACCUGUCCUCCUCUGCAGAAUAUCCACCCAGCUCGCCUCUGCGUGUGUGCGUGUGUGUGUGUGUGUGUGUGUGUGUGUGUUCACCUAACAUGCUGGAGGUCUUGACUUACCUCCACGGCCCCGAGCUCGUGGCCCGGUUCCAGAGACGCUGCGGACUCGUCCUCGUUGAAGCCGCUCAUCACAACCAGGGGAGGACGCGCGCUCCGGCCCACGCCGACAACAAACCACGUGUGCAGGUGCAGGGAACAUGGGACCACCAGGAUAACAACUCCAAACACAGAAACAUGGAGAACGGAUGUGGCGCUGGUGGCUGCAGCAGGCCUCAGUAUGAGGUGAGGAACUGGCUGCUGCACUUUCUCUUCCUGUUCUCAUCAGCCCUGGGUCAUGAAAUCUUCUACAUCACCUGUCUGCCCUGCAUACACUGGAACCUGGACCCGUUCCUGUGCCGACGCCUCGUCAACAUUUGGACUUUGCUGCACUAAUGGCGG